CAUUCACACAAUCCUCAUUGCUCACCCUUGCGCGAAAGAGAGAGAUCGUGGAGAGAAGCGAAGAGGCGAUUCGUUUUUUCUUCGGCUUUGGCAUCUUCUUCGUUUCUGAGUUUCAAAGCUGCCUUUCGAAAUGCCUCAAGGAAAGCUUGAAGUUCUACUGGUCGGAGCCAAAGGCCUCGAGAACAGUGAUUUUCUCUCUAACAUGGAUCCCUAUGUUGUCCUCAUUUGCCGUACUCAGCAGCAGAAGAGCAGUGUCGCAUCAGGUAAAGGAACUGAACCAGAAUGGAACGAGAGUUUUGUGUUUACCGUAUCUGACGGUGCUACAGAACUGAACCUUAAAAUAAUGGACAGUGAUUUUGGUUCUGAGGAUGAUUUCGUGGGAGAAGCAACUAUUCCUCUGGAGCCAGUGUUCAUGGAAGGAAGCCUCCCGCCAACUCCAUACAAUGUGGUCAAGGAGCAGGAAUACCGUGGGGAGAUAAGAAUUGGUCUGACAUUUACACCAGAGGGUAUCCGCGACCGGGGUUUCCCCGAGCAAGAGGAGAGCUAUGGUGGAUGGAAAGAAUCUUCCUACUAGAAAACGAUAUGUGAAUUUUGGUUUUCAUGGGCCGUUUCUAUAUCAACUUUAAAUACUGUAAUGCAUGAACAAUGAAUGACAGCCAGUUGAUCAGUUUUUAAAUCAUCUUUUCGAACUCA